CUCGCUGUCAUCAGUUCGAACAUCCGAUCUCCGUCACAAAAGUUUCCAUCCCUCCAUAAUACCUCAAAUUCCUCCCUUUCCCCUUUCCCCUUUCCUGUACUACCUGAUACCACAGCUUUGUGUCUUGCUUUCCCGCACCUUUGCCCCUAUCUACCAACCCCAAAAGCAGCACAUAUACAAGUGAUUGCCAGAACCGCAGACAUGGCGACAGCAGUCCCCAACGUCAACAAACCGAUGGACCUCAAGGAGAAGGAUGCCGAUGUCAACAGGAAGUUGCAAAUAUACGGAAUCAUCAGCGCAUUUCAGAAUGGCAAGAUCCCUUCGAAUGACCAAAUCGAUGUCGCCUUGAACAGCUUCCUCGAGUCCCGGGCGCUCUCCAACCCGUCUACCAGACUGUCCAACGAAGGCAAAGCUCUCAUUGGUGAUGUCAGAGAGGUCGUCAAGCAGUCAAAACACUUGCUACUGUCCAAGAACCAGGGAAAUCUCCUCCAGGAUUUCAUCUGGCAGACGACGCAAUUCGACGCCAGUACCGUCCAUGUGCCUGGAGCCCCAGUCGACAAGGAAACCGCUCGCCGUCAUGGCGAUCAGACCCUAGAGGGUCUGAGGACCUUGGGAACUCUGAUCAUCACGAAUGGCCAGUUCCGAAAGCUUCUCAAUGAUGCUACCGUUCUUCUCCGCGACAUGGCAGGCGAUGCCGCUUCCAACUUGGCCUCGCAGGCCAGACCCUCGGAAGAACAGCUUUCCCAGAUCGACCGCCCCGCCGUGGACAACACCUGGCAUGACGCCCCCGACUUCUCCAAGGAAAACUUCAAGAAGCAAGCCCAGGGCGUCUUCAAGAAGCCACAAGGUGCCGAUGGCACCACUGCCGCCCAACCCUCAGCCCAGCAACCCGGCACCACCUCCGGCCUCGAUGUGCAAAGGGAUCCAGCUAAUGUAGCUGCUGUUGGCGCCCAGGCCGCCACAGAAGCUUCGCAGAACAAAGCUGAGGAAUACCGAGCCCGUUUGAAGGAUUACUUCUCCAAGAAGAUGCCCCAAGGGCGUCGCGAUCAGACCGUUUGGCGUCUCAAGAAAAUGGUGGUUGAAUGCCAACAGCACCCCGACUAUCAGCGCGCCAUCUCUGCACUGCUUGACCUGGCUGAUCAGUACGGCGACCAUGCCAACAGAGUGGCAAAGGACGGCUCCGGUUCCCUCAGGGAAACCAGAUCUGGGCUAGCCGAGGCUGAGGCCGAUCUCAGGACGCUCAUCGAGCGCUUUGCCAAUGGGACUUCGACCAGCGACUUGUGGGAUUCGAUCAACACCAUCUACGAAGAUGCCGACAGAGACCCAGAGUUGAAGGACUGGUUCAGGGCCAUGAACCGCUACAUCCGACGAUGCCUGCAGGAGCAAGGUUACAUCAUGGAUGACCAUUCGAAUGAGGAGUGGCACCGCCUCCAUGAUCACGGCAAUUAUCUCCUGCGCGAGAAAUACCGGGCUCAUACCAACCGAAUCGUCGACGAGAUUAAGUUCCUGGGCGACCAGUUCGAACAAGAUCCCCAGAACAAGGCCUACGGCGAAUCGAUGAACAAGCUCUUCACUCACCUGGGCAACGAUGAGAACGGCAAGCCCACAUUCAAGCGUCACCUAGUGAAGGACUUGACCGACGUUAUUAUCCCCGCCAUCCUGAAGAAUACGCGGUACAUCCCGCUGCCUCGUAUCGAGUACUCGGAUCACAAGAUCGAUGCCGUCAUCGACAACCUCGUCCUUGAGAGCGACAACUUCAUGCCCAACGUGUUCGAGAUUUCCAGCGAGAACUAUGUGCGAUGGGGCCGCAAGCACAUCGCCAACAAGAACAAGCACUCGGCCGAAGUCACGAUUGCCGGCAUCCAGAUGGACCUGCGCAAUGUCAGCUACUACAUCAAGCGCAAGGAAGGGUUCCCCACUCUCACCGACACGGGCGUGGCCAAUAUUCUUCUCGGGGGCGAGGGUUUCACCUCCAGGCUGAGACUGACGUCGGCCAACGCGGCAGAUAGCCAAAACUUCUUCAAGAUCGACAAGGUCGACGUCGACCUGAAGAACUUGAAGAUGAAGCUGACCAAGUCGAAUCACAAGCUGCUCUUCAACCUGUUCAACCCAAUCAUGCUCAGGGUCUUCCGACCAGCGCUGAAGAAGGCGGCCGAGAAGGCUAUCCGUGAGCAGUUCGACCAGUUUGACCGCAAGCUAUUCCAGAUCAAGAAAGAAGCAGACCGCGUCGCUGAGGAGGCUCGCGCCAACCCAGAGGAGGCUCCCAAUAUCUAUAACCGAUACGUAUCCGCGAUCCAGAAGCAGUUCCUCCACGGCAAGGAGAAGGUUCAACCUUCGGCCGACAAGAAGGUCAACCUCGCCGUCGCCAAGGACGAGAGCAUCUUCCCCAACAUCAAACUGCCGGGCGAGACCAGUGCCAAGGCCACCGAGUACAAGGAGCUCGCGCGCAAGGGCGAUCGGUGGGAGAGCCCAGUGUUCUCUAUCGGCAACGCCGCCCGAAGCAACGAUAUCCCGUCGACGCCCGAGAUUGUUCGCAAGCCCCACGCGGCCGCCAAUGGCUCUGCUACUGCUGCUGCUCCGAACGGCCCCGCGGCUCUCAAUGGCCGCGUCGGCUUCGCGGGCGAGCCGAUUGUCAAACCCUACCCCAAUUACGGCACCGCGAGCUUGACGAGCGACCCGCGUGCCAACGCCGUCCCCACUUACGGCGUCGCCGAUUUGGCGGGCGAGUCGAGGGUCAACCCCACCACCGUCAACCCUUCUGGGGCUCCUGUCAUUGGCGCCGACGUUCUUGGGACGAGAAUAGUGUGAUGGAACUGUACUCGACAGACGAGGGAGAAGAUGAGUGAAUGAAGCCGGAAGAAAAAAAGAAGAAAAAAAAAGAAAAGGUCAGUAUUAUACCCAUACCCAGGUGGAUAGGCGGGCGGAUGGAGGAGGAAUUGCGAUACCUAUGAAGACGAAAACGAGCAAUGUUGGAAGUGAGACUGGAACUGUUCUACUUGAAAGGUGUCUACCUAAUGGUAACUCUGUAUCAUUCCUUUAAUAAUAGUACUAGCUGUUUGUUCUUAUUACU